AUGAUUCACUCUAUUUGGAACGACGUCUGUCAACAACCCACGCUCACUGCCACUCGUCCACAAUACACCAAUCGUGUCUCUGAUUCAACGACACAGCUACAGCAAUCUAUUCAAAACGUCCUCCAUGUGUUAGACGAUCGUGCGAUUGUGUUGACUCUCUCUGCCGACUCUGCUACUGCUCUUCGUGAUGCGGCUGCCAUGCGAGAGAUCUCGCCAUUGUCACCUCUUGGCUAUUUACGUGAAGCCGCUAUCCACAGCGAACAAGGUAGACAACAAGCUGUUAUAGACAUCUGCAACGAGGGGCUCAGUGUUGUUGAUAUCAAUGAUCCUGGAUACAGCAAGCUUCAACAAGCCAAAAGCGAUGCUAUGCAGCGUGACAACUGUCGCAUUGAUUUUAUCAGCCAACUCCCACUCGACGUUGUGACGCAUAUACUUCUCCCGAUGCUUAUGCAUGAUGCUGAUGAUGGAACAUCGAAUCCUUUGAAGCUAUGCCCCUAUUUGGAUGUGUCACAGACGUGGUUUGAUCGGGUCCUUCAGGCUGGUGGCGGUGCAUUUCGUUUCAACAUUUACGACGAGGACUCCAGCAACCAGGUUACCCGAUUUGCUCAACAUACAAAGGCAGCAUGUAUGAAUUACUAUUAUCAGGGUAAUUGGCAAUCAGAGUUUUUACGUGAUGCAAAUUUGUGCUCUUUGCGGGAGCUGAAGAUCGAAGAUCUCAAUCAAACGACCAACGUGGAUCAGCUUGUUUCAUCAUUAAAAUACGUCAGCAAUACUUUGACUCAUUUGACGAUUACGAGGUCGAGAAGCAUACCCUCUCUCCCAGGACAAGACGAAGGUUUUACUGUGUUUGCCCCACCUGAGCCACCUCUACAUGUAGCAGGCAUCAUGAUCAAUUGCCCCAAUUUGGAGACGUUGGAUGUUGGCUAUCGAUUUGAUACCGAUUUCAAAUAUGUACCACCGACGAAGACCUGGCCAAAGCUCACAACCUUACGCCUGGAUCAUUAUGACGGCAUCACUUUCAAUGGCCAAUUCUUGGAAAUUCUGAGGCGGUUCCCUUCACUCAAGACGUUUUCACUUAAUCCAUGUACUGAAACGCAGUACAUGACAAUGAUCCAACGCUAUUGCCCUUCAAUGAGAGAUCUUCAACUCACAACAAAACUCAGACGAUCACCAUCACGGGCACGUAAUGAACAACAACAUGAGGAUCAGUGGAUGAACGAAGGAGGAGGUGGAUUGGAGAGAAUAUCGAUUUCAGAAGAAAACAACAGCUACUAUGUUACUUGGAUGGACAUGUGCCCGAUGCUAAAGCAACAUCACAAUACGCUUGUUCACCUCCAUAUGAAUUUGAGUUAUGGAAGCAUCAAGGAUCGUGAGCUUUUCAACCUUGAAUAUCCGUGUCUUAAGACACUCAUUCUUCAAGGCUAUUCUUUGCCCAAGGCUUACUUUGGAUGGUGGAUUAUGCGAAAGGCGCCAUUUCUCGAAGAAUUGAGCAUUAAUGCAGAUGCCAUCAAAUCGGAUCCUUCCAUCCUCGAAUUCACACCACCACCCACUUUAAAGAAACUGGAGAUUGACUUUUUUCAUGUAAAUCACCUUGAUGAUCGGACGGUGAUUGGACGAUUCAUGCACCGUUUUUCUCAACGAAAGGAGGGCACCACAUUAAAAGAGUUAAAACUAUGUUUCGACAACCGUGGUGAUUGUACUCCUGAUCACUUUGUUGCUUCCAUCUGCCAUUUGAAUCAGCUUCACCAUUUGACAAUAUCGUAUAUCUCGAGAAGAACGUCCUGGCAAAUAGAUGACUUUUUAAAGGUGCUCGUGGAAGGAUCCCCACGGCUGUUAUCUCUCGACUUGGAUGCAGACAUUACUCCUUCGGCUCGUACCAUCAAAAACCUACAAAACCUUCCAAAUUUACGGCACCUCGGUAUCACAAUGGUGGAAACUGCUGAAUACGACGAUUCUUGGGAUGCUUUGGGAAAUCUUUCACAGCUCCAUUCUAUUGUCAUCUUCUCGCAUAGUAGGGUGGAAGGAUCUUUCGUUAGAAAUCUCAAAAGGCAAAGGCCUGGUGUGAAAAUUGUUACCACCUUGCGUUGUUCCAAAACCUGGUAUCUAUAA